UUCCGGGCGGCCCCGCCCCGGCGGCGCGGCGCCUCCCCCGGCGCGGCCCGACCGGCGCAGCCCCCUCCGCGGCGCGGGGCUCGCUGCGGCUGCAGGCGCCAGGGACGCUGCGGCGGCCCCUCCGCCGCUCUCCCUCCUUCUCCUCGCGGGCAGGUGGAGACCUUUCAUCUACCAUGGCAUCAAGGCUUGUUCCAAAAGUGAAUUCCAAACAGGGAGAAUCUCAGUGCAAGGAGAAGCACGUGGUUCUGCUUAGCCCCGUGGGAAAGCUCAGGAUAUCUGGGUGUGAAACCGGCUUACAUGAAAUAAAACUUCCCAAAAUAAGCGUGCUGCCAAGUGGCUCUAAUGUCUUGUGGAGUUCAGAACAGAUUACAUGCAUGGCAGUGGAGAUGAUGUCUCAAAUACGGGACUGGUUGAGGAGGGCAGAGUCCUCAGCUGCUUGCGAGGUGUGCGAAGGCGCGGAGGAGAUGACGGAGCCGCUGAAGCAGUGCACAGCCUGGCUGCAUGCCUACUUCUGCGAGCCAGCAAGGACGGCGAGCCUGCCUGUGCCAGCCUUCCACCACCCGCUGCUCCGGCGAGAUUCAUUCACCAGACAAGUGUUGUGGACCCUGUUGAGAGACGUGAAGUUUGGAGAGGCCAUUUCCUACAAGCAAUUAGCAGACCUCGCAGGCAACAGCAGAGCAGCGAGAGCGGUGGGAGGAGCAAUGAGGAGCAAUCCUAUCCCGAUUAUAAUACCGUGCCACAGGGUGAUUUGCAGCAGCGGGCAGAGUGGCAACUAUGGAGGGGGAAACCUUAUGAAAGAGUGGCUUUUGUCACACGAGAAGCUCCAGAAAGAGAAGUUAGCAUAUUGAUGCAGCUCAGCCACAGCUGCUAACCAGCCAAGACAUACAACCGCGGAUACUUGGCUUAUAACAAGCUCUCAGAGCACCCAGCAGAAUUCAGAAAAAUGGUAAAUAUUUGAGUGACAUAUAAAUAUAAUGCAACAUCCAAAGUGAAAUGUGUGGUGGCACCACUAUAUUAAAAAAGCGGGAUGCGUCCUGAGGGAUGCAGCUCAGCUGCCCUUUCUUGUUUUUACAUUUUACAGCAGAAUGACUACAGUGGUCCAGGCCUGUUGUGCAUGGAUUUUGUUCCCAUCUCCAGUCCUGUUUUGUUCUAUUUUUAAUGUCCAUUAAAGCACGGAUAAGGGAGUAGGAGGGACAUGGCAAAUGUGAGGUGCAAGCCUCUCCCUAAGGAAGCAUCUGGCGCUCGCCGAGGGGCAGCCAGCGAGCCCAAGCCUGAGCCCAUGCUCACUCCCGCCCAGCCUGGCACGCUCAGCCCUGCCAGCCUCCUGCCCAGGGCUGCCCGCACCUCCUCGGUGCCUGCAACGGUGCGUUACCUAAACAGGAGUUCACGGAGCACAUUGAGAUGUAUUCAAAAGCAAGCGGCUAUUGAAUUGCCUCUUUCCAGCUUUUCUUUUUGGAUUGUGAGAGAUGGGAAUAAAAAUUGUUGCCUUUUGUGCAAAAAGCAGGUGGAAGAGAAGCUGCUGACAAAUUGUAUGAAAAGUGUAUUUUAAGUAAGCAGUCUGAUUAGCGCAACUUGGGCAGAAUAUUGAAAAGCUCAUCAUUAGUUGUGUCUUCAGCAGCAGCACAUUUCGUUUUGUCGUUUGAUUUGUUGCACUGGAUUUUUGCAUUUCUCUGUUAGGUGAAGCUUUAUUUCCAGUAGCCCCUUUGUAGGAAGGAUUGAAGCAUUCAAGAGAUUUUGAAGCUAAACUUUGAGGUGGUUUAAGCAGGGUUCUCUGCAAGUAUGAGACACCAGAAGCUGAAAUUUUCAGUAUGGGAAUCGUAAAUUGUAACAUGGAAAUACUGAUUUUUUUUUAUGUGUUUUAUCAUAUUUUCAUAGAUGUCUCUUUAGAAAGGCCAUUGCUAGCCAAAAAAUUAUUGUGUUACAAUGCGUUAGUUAAUACAGUAUUAUUGAUAUCUCAGAAUUACUUCAAUAAAAAAACUGCUUUGCAUGUA